UAUGCCUCCACUCCAGUGUGUCUUCGCGCGCUGCUACCGAAAGCCACCAUACGCAUCUUUCGCGCCGCAGUCUCCGGUCCGCUUACACGCCGUCGCGCGGCAAUUGACCCCGCUCGCAGGACCGGGAAUUCCGCAAUGAACCGCACGCUGAGCCUCGCAAAAACACUCUCACCCACGUUCUACCACAUCCAGCGGCUGCGGGCGCAAAACAUUCUCUUCGAGGGGUGGCACGUGGAAGACUCCACGUCGCCCGCACGGUUCGUAAGCGGGAAAGGCAUCGUGGCGGCGUCGCACGCCUUCGUCAAACUGUAUCCGACCUGCCGCGCAGAGCGGAAACACACGGCCGGCUUCCUCACGCGCCAUCUCAGCCGGGAGGACGAGGCCGCGUCGCCGCUCGUCUCCGUGUACAGCAAGGAGGCGGCGAAGACGGAGGCGCUGCGUCGUGUGAGUGAGGGCCGCGAGAGCGUAGCGCUUAAUCAGGUCUUGAUUACCAUGGAGGACGCGAAGGAAUACGGCGGGGUGUGGUUUAGGAAUGUUAACAAGUGGAUAAAGGAGCUGAGGAUGAGGGGGGCUCCGCUGCCCCCGAAUGCGGACGAUGAGUUUUUGUUCCUGCAUUUUGUGCCUAUGCGGGUGCUGAGGAAGAGGAUAGAGGUUGUUGAGGGGCUGCAGAGCCUGGAUUUGGAAGAAUAGAUGGGCGAGCUUUUGGUGGCAGGAGCGUUGGUGAAAUACCCAUUGUGUGAAUGCAUUUUGUGUUUGGUUUCCAGUCCGUUUCGGAGAUCUUUAUGGAUGUAGAACGGUUAAACAAUAUUCUAUAAGGUAUUAUUAGUCAUCAGAGAGG